AAACAUUGUUUCCUGGAUAAUUUAGGUUGUUUACAUUUAAUUUGUGCGUAAAUCUCCUUAUUUUUAAUUGCUUUCCAACUCUUGUGCAGGCUACUAACUUAAAAUAUAUAGGGUGAAAUGGUGUUCCUUACGAAACUGGUUACAGCUAUGGCUUCUAUACCACCGGUAACUACUCUUUCAAAUCGGGUGAUUAGAGUCCUUGGCUGUAAUCCGGGAUAUAUGACGCUACAAGGUACAAAUACUUAUCUAAUUGGUACUGGAAGCAAUCGGAUCUUGCUAGACACUGGGGACAAGAAUGUACAAGAAUACCAGAACAACCUAGCGAAUGUCCUGCGCUCCAACAAGGUGAACAUAGAGCAUAUAGUGGUCACCCACUGGCACCAUGACCACAUUGGGGGAGUGGAGAACUUGUAUGGGACUAUUGCAACUCACGCCAAGAUAUGGAAACACAAAAGGUCCCCAGAAGAUGCACCGGACAAGGAGCUGCCCCCCUCCAUCCCCCUCCACUGGCUAUCUGACGGCCAAGAACUAGCUGUAGAAGGUGCCACAAUUAAAAUACACCACACACCAGGCCACACGACCGACCACGUCAUAGCAACAUUACUGGAGGAGAAUGUGCUGUUCUCCGGGGACUGUAUACUCGGGGAGGGCACGGCCGUGUUCGAGGACCUGUAUACUUACAUGCAGAGCUUGAAUAAGAUACUGGACUUGAGGCCCAGUGUUAUUUAUCCGGGACAUGGAAAUGUUGUUGAGGACCCAAUCCAAAAAAUAGAAUACUACAUAUCACACAGAAACCAAAGGGAGAAGCAAAUUUUAGAAGCACUUAAAGCUAAUUCAGAGAAACAACUCACAGAAAUGGAUCUCGUAAAGAUCAUAUACACUGAGACACCGGAACAUCUGUGGCCCGCCGCCGCUUAUAAUGUGAACCAUCAUUUGACUAAGCUUACUAAAGAAAACAAGACUAAAUGUGUGGAGGUUGACGGAGAGAGCAGGUGGCAGUAUAACAGUGAGAAAGACUGGACGUGUAAUUUAUAGAAAUAAGGUUUUUAUUGUUUUUCAAC